CCGGCCCGGCCGUUGCUUCCCCGCAGCUCCCGCCGCCGCAGGAGCAGCAGCUGAGUUGACUCCGCCAGCCACCUCCUCCGGCGCCGCCGUUCCUGUAACCCGCCGUGCCCGGAUGGACGAUGGUUCAUCCUCGCCGGCCUCGGCCCGCGGGGGCGGGGCCCCCCAGGUCGCGGUGGCCGUGCGAGGGGACGGCCGCGGCAGCCGCCGCGCGGCGCGGUGGGCCGCUGCCAGCAUGGUCCCCGCCGGCGGCCGCGUCGCGCUCGUCCACGUCAUCCCGCCCCUCUCCUUCGUGCCGUCUCCAUCGGGGGAGAGGGUGCCGGUGGAGAAGAUGGAGCGGGAGGUGGUGGAGAUGUACGCGCAGGACCGCCGGGCGCGCGCGCAGGAGGUCUUCCUCCCCUUCCGCCGCCUCUGCGCCCGCAGAGCCGUGGAGACGGUGGUUCUGGAAGGGGACAGCGUCGCGCAGGCGCUGGUGAGCUACGCGGCGGAGUCCGGCGUCCGCAGCCUCGUGCUCGGGAACGCCUCCCUCACCUGGCUUCGGAGGAUGUUACGGCUCCGAGAUGUGCCUUUUAUGGUUCUGAAAACCGUGCCAAGUUCAUGCAAUGUAUUUGUUGUGUCCCGGCGCAGAUUAACAAUAAAAUUUGCAAAUCUGGCUCGUACGAGCAAGUCAAACAAUGUAAGGAUUCAGUCAAUAAGUCAUAAAGCAUUCAGUCAAAUACAGAGGGACUGGUUGCAAGAUAAACAGUCAUUUAAUAAUCUGGUUGAUGAUGAAAUACUGAAAUAUUCUGGAAAUUCUAGCUUGGACUCACAGUCUCAAGUCUGCAGUUCUCUUAGCACUUCUUCAAAUGCUGUUAAAAGUUCAGAAAGUCAAAGAAGAGGUCUCUUAGGAAGCUUAGGUCGAAAGACACCAAGGAGAGAAGGGAACAAAGAUAUUGGUGCUAUUGGCCAAUGGAAGGAAGUUUGUUACGUUGCCUUAAGCUCAGUCGAAGAGUCUCAACCUAUAGAUGAAGUAGCAACACUGAGAAAGGAGCUGAAAGAUACUUUGAUGAUGUAUGACAGAGCUUGUGAGAAUCUCGCUCAUGCUAAGGAAAAGAUUCAGAUAAUUUCUGGUGAGUGCCGUGAAGAUGUGAAUAAGGUGCAAGACGCGCUACAAAGAGAGGAAGAGUUGAAACAGGCUGUUGCAAAUAAGAAAACGAAAUAUUUACAAGCAAUUGGAGCAGUUGAGAUGGCAAAAGAAUCAUUUGCUCACGAGGCCUAUUCCAAACACAAGGCUGAAUUUGUAGCUAACAUGGUGUCUACUGAGAAGGUUAAGGUUGUGGAUGCUCUUUUGUCAACAGGCAAAAGUUGCAGGCGGUACUCCAGACAUGAAAUAGAGCUUGCCACAGAUUACUUUUCUGAUGCAAAGAAGAUCGGUGAGGGAGGCUAUGGGAAUGUAUACAGGUGUACCCUUGAUCACACUGAAGUAGCUGUCAAGGUUAUUCAACAAGAUUCCAGUGACAAGAUCGAUGAAUUUUUAAGAGAGGUGGAGAUUCUUGGCAAACUUCACCAUCCCAACUUGGUUUUACUGCUUGGUUUUUGUCCUGAAAUCGGAUGCCUUGUGUACGAAUAUAUGGAGAAUGGUAGUCUAGAAGACCUACUUAUCAACAAUAAGGGGCAACCACUCCAUUGGUUUCUGCGAUUCCAAAUUAUCUUUGACGUAUCUUGUGGGCUUGCUUUCUUGCAUGGAACGAAACCGGAGCCUAUCGUCCAUCGUGACCUAAAGCCUGGAAAUAUCUUGCUGGACAAGAAUUAUGUAAGCAAAAUUGGUGAUGUUGGUUUCGCUAAGCUCAUAUCAGACCUCGUUCCUGAAGGGCUUACAGAGUACAGAGACACUGUCAUCGCUGGCACACUGUUUUACAUGGACCCUGAGUACCAAUUAACAGGAACAGUUCGGCCAAAAUCAGAUCUUUUUGCAUUGGGGAUCAUUAUUCUUCAACUACUAACCGGCAAACGUCCACAUGGGCUGGUAUGCAGCGUAGAAGAGGCGAUUGAAAAGGGGACUUUGCCUGAUAUUCUUGACAAGUCUCAAACUGAUUGGCCAAUUGCUGAGGCAGAGAUGCUGGCAAAACUUGGGUUGCGGUGUACAGCCUUAAAAUGCAGGGACAGACCUAAUCUUGAGUCGGAGGUGCUUCCAGAGCUGGAAAAUAUCCUGAGCAGGGUAACUGAUUCUCUGAAACUUGAAAACAUUGUUGCACCAAGCCACUUCAUCUGCCCUAUAUUGCAGGAGGUGAUGGAAGAUCCUUAUGUUGCUGCUGAUGGCCACACCUAUGAGCACAGGGCAAUUAAAACUUGGCUCAAGAAACACAAGGUAUCCCCGGUCACCAAUCAGAGGCUUCCACAUCUAUCCAUAAUUCCCAACCAUUCAUUACAUGCGGCGAUACAGCAAUGGAAAUCGCGGACAUCUUUUUGAAAUCACGAGAUGACUAGUGUUUUUGUGUCUAUAUAUAAUCUGAUUGAUCAUUAUACCUUUUGAGUUCAGCUGUAAAUAAAUAGCAGAUAGAUGUAUAACGUAGUAGCGGUAAAAGUUAGUGUUGUAGGAAUAAGUUGUUUUUCUGGCUUAAGAUUGGUGAGUGGGUAUAGCCUAACUGGCUUCCUGUUAUUGAAAGAUGUAAAAACUUACUACAGACUCAAUUUUGGCUAGAUGCUAUAUGGUAUGGUAGGUAUCUUCUGGAA